GGGAUGUACGAAGAGGAGGCGCGCAUAAAACUGACCGGCGCUUUGGCAGGUGCUACCAGUCUCUGUUCCGACGCGGGGCAUACCUGUUACGCGUUUCCUCUGAAGCAGAGUCGCGCAACAACGAUUUCGAAACAGCGGCCGUCCCACACAGCGGAGGAACCGUGCUCGGUACGAGCAACCGAGCCGGCGACUAUCAUGAACAUCGAUGAGUUUCAAGUACGCGGCAAGCAGAUGAUAGAGUACAUCUGCGAGUACCUGCGCACCCUGGAAGGGAAGAGAGUGACGGCGAACGUGGACCCCGGUUACCUGAGGCCCCUUCUGCCGAAGGAGGCGCCAGCGAAAGGGGAGCCAUGGGACGCCAUAAUGCGGGACGUCGACUGCAAGAUAAUGCCCGGGAUCACCCACUGGCAGCAUCCACGGUUCCACGCCUACUUUCCAGCGGGGAACUCGUUCCCUUCGAUCCUCGGGGACAUGCUGUCCGAUGCCAUCGGUUGCAUAGGGUUCUCGUGGGCGGCCAGCCCCGCUUGCACGGAACUGGAAACGAUCGUUCUCGACUGGUACGCGAAGGCGAUAGACCUUCCACCGGCGUUCCUGGCCGAGAACAAGACGUCGAAAGGCGGCGGGGUGAUCCAAGGUUCCGCUUCCGAGUGUAUCCUGGUGACCAUGCUGGCGGCGCGCACCCAAGCGAUCAGGACCCUCAAGGAGCAGGAUCCAAACACCGAGGACUCUGCCUUCCUACCGCGUCUGGUGGCCUAUUGUUCCACAGAAGCGCACUCAUGCGUGGAGAAGGCGGCGAUGAUCGGCCUGGUGAAGCUUCGAGUUCUGGAGCCCGACGAGAAAGGCUCCCUACGAGGCAAACGGCUGGAGGCUGCCAUCCGCGAGGACGUGGCUAACGGUCUGGUGCCAUUCUUCGUCUCCACCAGCUUCGGGACCACGGGAUCCUGCGCCUUCGACAACCUAGUCGAGAUCGGUCCCGUGUGCAAGCUCUAUCCCAACGUGUGGUUACACGUGGACGGCGCCUACGCAGGAAACGCCUUCAUCUGUCCCGAAAUGAGGCCCCUGAUGGCUGGCAUAGAGCACGCGGACUCGUUCAAUACGAAUCCCAACAAAUGGCUGCUGGUAAACUUCGAUUGCUCCUGCCUCUGGGUACGCGAUCGCGUCAAGUUGACGUCCGCCUUGGUAGUCGAUCCUCUGUAUCUUCAGCACGCCAGAUCGGGAGAGUCGAUCGACUAUCGUCACUGGGGCAUCCCUCUGAGCAGACGUUUCAGGGCCCUCAAGCUCUGGUUCGUGAUGAGAUCGUACGGGAUCACCGGGCUGCAGAAGUACAUAAGGAACCACAUCCGGCUGGCGAGACGAUUCGAGACCCUGAUGAGGAAGGACAAGAGGUUCGAGAUCACGAACGACGUCAGGGUGGGUCUGGUCUGCUUCAGACUGAAAGAAAGCGACGAGAUCAAUCAGGAGUUGCUGGCGAACAUCAACGCGUCCGGUAGGCUUCACAUGAUACCGGCCAGAGUGAUGGGCAAGUACAUACUGCGGUUCUGCGUGAUCAAGGAGAACGCUACCGACGACGACAUCGACUACGCCGUGGACGUGAUCGAGGAACACGCGACGGAGGUGAUGCUCGCCCAUUACGCUGGUACGGAGGACGAGUUCCGGGCGAAGGGUCCGAAGAGUCCCGCCGCGUUGGACAAGAAGCUGGUGCGCAAGUUCAGCUUCACCAGAAGCGUUACCAGAGACGUUUACAAACGAUCCAUCUCGAAGUCGAGCCUCCACGACGGCGCGACGCCCAUCAUGGUCGUCGACGAUAACUCGCAGGUCGAGACCAUUGAGGAGGACGUGUUCUGCAACAGCAGGUCGUGACGAUCCCGAUGACGACGAUAUCCGGACGAUUCGCGAUUUGUGUGAUAGGCAGGACCGCACCACCGACCAGGCGUCUUUGUCUGGGAUAUCGCAACUGCGCGAAAUGUAUGGUUGUUUUUUCAGAGAGCGGUGCUUGUGGUGGAUCCGAGUUCCGAGAGAUCGUUACGGAAGUAUGUUUAACGACGGGGUUACGAUAGCGUUUCUUGACGUACAAGUAUCGGUAGGGUAAUCGCUCGCGACGUAGACGUCUUCGACGAUGCGCCAAUGAUGUCGGACCUUCCUCGAGAUGUUGGCAAAUCGUUCGGGAAUUUGCCACUCCACGCAUGAUUUUACGCAAACGUAAGUGCAACUGGAAUUUUAUUUUCGUAUGACCGAAUUCGGUGUCCCGGGACGCUAACAUAAUUGUUUCGUAUCGAAUGGAAAAUGAUUGUAGAUAGAAUAAGCACGGUGGCGCGUUAUAUCUUCCGCAAGUACCAAGAAAUUGUAGCUUCUUUCGGGUUUUUCAUUUCUGCAGGACGUAAAUAUUGACAGAGUAAAUAUUUGUUAGAUUGAUAAUGGAGUACUCUUUCGUUCCAAUUAACAAGAACUGUUGAUUUCUGCUUACAAUUUAUUUUUGAAUCGGACCUCACAAUUUGCGAGCAAAAGCAAAUGUUUGUUGUCUAUAGCAGUGUUCCUGAAACUUCAUCAGCUCUAAAUAAAGGAUUUUAGAUAAAAUCGAUUCAUUAUAAACGAAAAUUACAAUAAAAUUUGCUACUUUUUAUUAUCCGUAAUGAUCCCCGGACUAGUUUGAGAAGCACUGGUUUAUAGAAUAACGCGCCACUGGAUAAGCAACUUAUCGAUUCGUGUAACAAUUAAAAACAUAUAAAAAUUAAUACGUAGUUGUGCAAAAUAAGAGUCACUGUUAAAUACAUCGAUUGUACCUUAGAGAUACGACGUUAAAUUAUUUAAUGAACGAAUUGUAUACGAAUACACAUAUAUGAUAGUUUCUGAAUAGAUCGAUGUAACGGAGUAUGAAAGAAUGACCUAAAAUUUUACGGUUAAAAUUAUCGUCAAUCGAUGCUAAUUAUAGAGUUAGAUCACGUAUGUACGUACGUCUUCACUUUGGAUGUUUCACCUCCAAAAAAAAUUGAACCGAGUCAUAAGUCGUAUUAAUUAUUUAAACGAGAUCGGAUUCUAAUCCAGCAUGAUACGAUAUGAAUUGUGAAAUGGAAUAUUUAUUUCAUAUGUAAAUCUAACGUAAUAAAAUCCAAGUUCGU